GAAACGACGGUCUAUGUCUUUGCAAACAUCAAAGCAUCCGAUACAUGUUCCCACCAUCCACUCGAAAUAAUGAAUGGUGGUGAGAAAGUUGCAAGAGGUUCAUGUCAACAAACAACAAUGAAUUUGCCCAUAUGGACUUUAAAUCAUUCCAAAUAUCUCAUGGAAUACAAAUGUCUUCUGUGAGCAGCAUUACCAGAUGGGACAUGUGAAACCAUGCUGAUGACCGCUUCCUAUUCGCAGCCAGUGUUUUGAGUUUUUUCGAGUGUUUUCUUAAUGACAUAGGCCUACUUGUUACCUCUGGUACUGUGCCAUUUUUAUUGAUAAAAAAAAGUGAAUAGUUGGGAAUAGCCCCCUCAACCUUCGGUCUCGGAGGCUAUUCCCCACUAUUCACAGAGCCUGAGGUGAAUAAUUGUUCACAUCAUUUUGCCUUCGGCAAAUAAUUGUUAAAUAUCUAUGCAUUUAUAUAUUUAUCUGUAUAAUCUGCUGAACAUUCUCUUACUAGUCUCUACUCUAAAGGGUCUCAAUGCGGCUGUGGUCUGUCGUCUCCCCAGCGUGACGUCGUGCAAUGCAUUGUGGGGGACAUGAGAAUCAACCGCAAACCGCUAAAAUAGUACCUGCUUUUCAUCUUACAUUCCGUUUUGUGAUACCCAACAACAUCUAAUACAAUUGAUAACAGUUUAAAUUUGUAUUACCAACAAGCAACUGCAACACGGACUUCAACCUUUCACCAUGUGGGCUUAAGAAUGAGCUUAUACGUUGCUCGACUUUCUAUAGCACUCAAGUGCAGUUAUUUUAAAAAAUCAAGUAUGAUCGCAUUCCUUUUUCAUACUCUUAUCAUGCUAACUAUAUAUUUAACACAAUGACAUUUCUCAUGCAGACACUGAAAUCUCCAAGGGAAAUCACUCGUAUAAAUUCAGCUUCAAAAUUCCAUCCGGGAGUAUGCCCUCAUCCUUCUGCGGGUUGUUUGGUAAGAUCGUCUACAAGUUGGAAGCCAAGCUUUCAAAGAGCUGGAGGUUGGACAGCAAUGUAAAACAGGAGAUCAACUUUGCAUCGAAGGCCAUUUCGAACUUCAGCCACCUGAUGACCCGCCAGGUUGGCCAAGUGGAUAAAGACAUAGGAAUCUUCUCCAAAAGAUCCGUACACAUGGAGGUGUUUGUGGAGAGCGGAGUCUACGCCCCGGGUCAAACUGUGGCAGUUACUGUUAAAGUCAAAAACACAUCCUCAAAAGACGUGACCCCCAAGUUCUCUUUGAAUCAGUAUGUUACGUACCGUGCGCACGGCUUUACAAAGUUCAGUUGUGGUGAAAUCUGUAAGUUAGUUGGGGAGGUUAUUGAGAAGGAAAGUGAAAAAACAGUCACUUGUGCAUUGAAGAUCCCUCCGGACACGAUCCUAUCCAUCCAGAAUUGUGAAAUCCUUUCAGUUGAAUAUAAUUUUAAGGUGUACUUGGACAUCAGCUUUGCCACAGACCCAGAGAUCAAUUUUCCACUGGUCAUUGCCCCUUCCGGCUCCAUGUUAAGCCCAGGGCCCGGGGGAAUGAACCAGCCGUACCCCCCUGUAGCAUACGGGGGCCCAAGCAACAGCGACAAUCUUCCCCCCGCUGCCGGCUCUCAGCCAGCUCCGCAUCAGCAGGCCUAUGGUCCCUCAGCAGGGACCAUAGGCCUGCUGAGCGACCAUAGGCUGAGGGACCAUAAGCCCCUCAGCCUAUGGUCCCUCUUGGGGGGCUUCGGCCGCUCAGCAGCCUUCGGGCCCCAAGCAGCCUUCGGGUCCCAAGCAGCCUUCGGGCCCCAAGCAGCCUUCUGGCCCCAAGCAGCCUCCAUGCCCCCAGCAGCCUCCGGGCCCCCAGCAGCCUGGGGCCCGGGCCCCGCUGCGCCUGGUGCCGUGGGAGCAGCUUACUACCAGCACGUGCCACAGAACAAGUCUCCGUAUGGACCCCCGGCCCAGCCCUCAGCGCACCCCCCAGUUCUCCAGGGCCCUCCUCCACCGGCGGCUCCGGGGGCUCUGCCCUCUGCACCGACGUUCGACCCCGGCCAGUACGCCCCGCCGUCGUUGGCCUCCUGCUACAACGGCCCCACGUAUAGCAUGCCACCGCAAAUGCCGGGGAUGGGCACCGAUUUUCUAUCCCGACAAAAUGAAGAACCUCCUUCAUAUCUGUCUAUGUUCCCCCCGGUAACCAACGAUAAACCGCCAAAAUAAUUGAACAGAAAGCGCUGAUGAUUCAAUAUCCCUACAAUGGACCAUUUUAUAUUGAAGACUAUUCAGCCAUGCAUGUAUGGCAGAAAUGUGUGACACAUUUGAAAAUAUAAGAAUUGUAAUUAUUAUACACUAUACGUAUAAAUAAAGUAUGAUCAGUAUCAUGCCUACAUGCUACAUGAAAGGGUGGAAAAACUGUUGGACGUACUAAAAUACAUUUUUCGUUUUAAAUAAUCCUGUAUCGUCUACAUUUCCUGUUCUCUUUUCUUUUACUUUCCAGGAAACAAGGUCCUACUGAACUUGGGGCAUUAUGAUAUGGUUGAUCACCCACUCUUUGCUUAUUCAAAAAUCAAAUCCCUUAUAUGAUCCCUUCACUUGCCAUUUAACAUUUCUUUACAUCUGAAACUGUGUCUUUAUGAAAACAUAUUUUCAACCUCACUUUGCACUAACCACAUUUUCUGUUUAGUUAAAGUGUUAAAGGCGGGUUAUCUACCACCAGGACAGGCAAUGGCCAGGAAGUUUUGGGGGUCUCUGUGAGUGGCUAAACUGUGUGUGUGUGUGUGUGUGUGUGUGUGUGUGUGUGUGUGUGUGUGUGUGUGUGUGUGUGUGUGUGUGUGUGUGUGUGUGUGUGUGUGUGUGUGUGUGUGUGUGUGUGUGUGUGUGUGUGUGUGUGUGUGGUUAAGCUGGUUGUGAACUUGGUGGAAUCGCUAGUGCAUCCGGUCCAAGACCGGAAGUUGUGGGGGCUCUGUGAUUGGUUAAACAGUGCGUGGGUGUGUGUUCUUUGUCAAACCAAUUUGUAUUAGUUUCCUUACUUGUUUGAGAGAAAUAAAAAAUUCUAUGUCUUUCAUGAGCCAGACUCUUUGAACACACUUAUUUAGUUAAAGUGUUACAGGUAGUUUAUCUACCACCAGGACAGGCAAUUGUCAACAGGAUGUCUGACAGGCCAGAGGUGGUCUGUG